AUGUAUCUCCGAAGAGCCGCCUCCAAGACCCUGGCGCUGACGAUGACCCUAAGGGCGCCUCCCGGACCCGCUCCGCUCAGGAAGGACGGAAGCUCCCGCACAGCUGGAGCUGUCCAGCGGCGCUUCUCGGUGCGCUGCGUCCCGGUCUGUGGUACAAUGGGUCUGGCCCGCAGCGUGGACACAUCUCUUCGCUGGAUGUCAGCCAACAAGUUCCUGGGACCCCCUGGGUCAAACACGAUCUACUACCUGGUUGUAGGGGUCACCGUCAGUGCUGGUGGAUAUUAUACCUAUAAGGCGCUCACUCCUGACCAUGUCAAGCAUGUGGAACCUGGGACCGAUUGGACUGGAGAUGCCUCAGAGGAGCCACAGCUAUUCCAAGGUCCCACUAGGAGCGAGGCCCCAGCUGAAGAAGCUCCUGCAACACCUCCGGAAGUCAUAGCCCGUGAAGCGCCGGCAGGUGCAGGGGGCAUGAAGGGGGCGGAGACCCCACUGGGCUCGGAAGUGAAGUUGGUGAAGCCAGAGGUGGAGUUGACGGUGCAGUCGGUGAUAGAGCCGGUGAUAGAGCCGGUUGUGGAGUCGAUGGUGGAGCCGAAGUUUGAGUCGAUGGUGGAGCUGGAGGUGGAGUCUGCGGAGAAGCCAGUGGUCGAGACCCCAGCAGAGACCUCAGUGGAGCAGAUGAUGGAGAUGGAGUCGGUGGUGGAGUCAAAGGUCGAGCCAGUGGUGGAGGUGGAGUCAAUGAUGGAAUCAGUGAAAGAGUCAAUGGUGGAACCGGAGGAGGUGGAGUUCAUGAUGGAGUCAGUGGAGAAGUCGAUGGUGGAGCCAGAGGUGGAGUCACUGGUGCAGAUGAUGGUGGCAGAGUCCAUGGUGGAGUCAGCAGCAACAUUUGCUCCUGCAGAUGAAACACCUCCAGAAGAGGGCAACCCCCCGGCUGUCAGCCCUGAGCAUUCUGCCAGGGCAGCUGCUGCUGAGGCUGGAGAUGGCAUGCAGGAUGCGGAAUGGGAGGCCCCUGGGUCUGAGCUGGAAACCACAGUCAAAGUGGAACCCCAGCCCAAGGACCCUGAGAUCUGA